GUCGAAUCAAUCACUGAUUCUCAUUUUGAGCAUUAUUGCGGCUUCGUUAUUCGGAACGGUAGAAGCUUUGAGGGCCAAAAAGUUGAUACAUAGCCACGCGAAGACUACUAUAUCCCAAGAUGACUUCAUUGGAUGUCGCACGAAUAACGACUUCUAUUGCAACGGCGCCAUUAAUUCGCCAUUUUAUCCAUACAACUAUCCACCGAAUGACAAGUGCUACUAUUACAUUCCAGCUCANCCAGGAAGUGGCGCCCACGUUUUAUUGAAUAGACAUAAUAUCCUAAAUUUUGAAAUUCCAAGAUUUCAAAAUUCGAAACUUAUAGAAUCCAGAGAUUCUGAAAUUCUUCAACUCUAA